CAAUGGAUUCACACUGCGAGGGUGCUGCAGCUCUGGCUGAUGACUCCGGCCACUUCAGCUGCACCAGCGACGAGGGAGGAGGCGAUCCUGGGUCGAAGCCCGAGCCGGAACGUGAGCAAUCGAUGUUUCUUGUGAGGCAGGAGCUCCUUCGGUCGCGCAGCGAGGUGGAAAGACUCUUGAAGUCGGAGCAGUGGUACAAGCAGGAGCUCAAGUCCCAGAAGCACAGCAGACUGGAGACCCUGGAACGGUUGUACGCCCAGGAGCGAAAGUAUCUGAUGGAGAACCAAAGGCUGCAGCAGGAGUCGCUGCGUUUGCACACAAAGUGUGCCACUCUGGAGAGGCAGCAGGAGCAGGGAUCUCCAGGGCCCGGCACAUCUCCAUUUAAGGCGGACUCGGAGUCCCCCGACUCAUCCUUUGAGGCCAAGCAACAGGAGGCUCGCCUCCGGGAUCAGCGCCAGUUGAUAGACGUCCUCCGAAAGCAGAAAAAGAUGCUCCUGGACGAUAUUCAGAGACUCAGCCUAGAGCACGACGAAAAGCUGUCGGAGCUGCAGCAAUCUUUGGCCGGGAUGGAACUGGAGAGCAAACACAUGACGGGAAAGUGCAAGCAACUACUCGACCUGAAGAGCCAAAUGGAGCACCAGCUGGAAAUCAGAAGCACUGCGCUGCGCAGUGUCACCGCCGAGCGGGAGCAGCUCCGCCAGGUCAUCGCCGAGCUGAACGAGACGCUGCAAACGCAGGAGCAACUGCUGGCGAUAAAGGAGCAGGAGUUCAUCGAUCUGAAACACUACUACCAGCAAAAGUUGACUCGGGAAAGCAGCAUGGAAAUCAUGCACUCGUAUAGCCUGAAAUUUCACGAAGAGAUUAACAGCAAGACGAGUGAGAUCGCCAGCCUGAAGAAUUCCCUCAACGAGCUUCAGUCGGAGUUGAUGAUGAUGUCCCAGUUAAAGGAACAAAGCGAAGAUCAGCAGCGACAGCUGGAGCAGUUACAGUUCACUUUGCAGGCUCAACUUUUGCAGGAGGAGCAGCUUCGCCAAAGCGAUGCUCUCAAGCUGGAGCAGGUGGAGAAUUUAACAGUUUCUUUGGCUGCUUUGCAAAAGGAAAAGGAAAGCCUAAAAGAAAAUUUGAAAGGUGCGCAAAAUACUCUAAAACAGUUGGAGCAGAAAGUAAACGCCCUUCAGGAACAGUAUGCCGAGAUGUGUUCCAAGUGCGAAGAGACCAAACUGCAGUUGGAACUGGAGAAAAUUGAGAUUGGGAAACUAAAGCAGGAAAGUUCCCUUAGGGAAAAUGAACUAAGGGAAAGACUCCAAGAUUAUGCAGCUCAGUGCGAUGAGCUUAGGAAAGCGUUGGUAAAAGCUGAAUGCCGAAUGAAUGAGCAAAACAAGAAUGCAGAGAUUUGGCAAGAGCAGCUGAAAACGAUCGAACGAUCAAGUCAAGACAAUAAACAGUGCCAAGCGACCCAAGCAGACCUUGAUAACCCGAUUCUAGUCCAACGCAUCGAGGAUCUGGAACUGCAACUUGCCGAUGUCAAGACCCAGAAAUUGCAAACAGUCUCCCUGCUGCAAAAAUUACUCCUGCAACAAGAUGCCAAGAUCAAGAGCACAAACGAAAUGGAAGCUGACUGGCUACAACUUCUAGAGGCCCUGCAAGCCACUCAACACUUAGAGAUAGAAAUGCGGACGGAGCUCCAGCAUAAGACUAUUGAGUUGGAGCAACUAAACGAACUGUUUGCAGGACAAAAUGAUGAACUGCAGAAGCUGCAGAAAUUGAGCGUGGCCAAGGACGAGGAGAAUCGACUGGAGUUACAGUUGCUGAAGGAAACAUUCCAAGAGAAUCUGGAGAUUCACUCCGCCGAUUCGAUAAACUUACAGCGGCUACAAAGCCAGGUAAAAUCGUUGCUCGAGGAACGGGAAGCAAGUGCUCGAGAUGAACGCAAGGCAGUGGAGUGCUUGCGAUCCCUCGGUCAAGUUCUGGAAAUGGAAACGGGUAGGCGGCUGCCACACAUCAAAAGCUGGCCUCAGUUGGCCAAACUUUUGCGAAAGGAACUGCGAAUCGGGAGAGUGAAUAACCGAAAGGCUGAAGAGUUGCCUGGGCUCAAAAUAAAGCUGGCUGAGAUUAGCGGAAGGCAUAAGCAAGCUUUGUCAAAAAUUAAGUAUCUAGAGCAAACUUUGGCAGCUGAGCGAGCGCGUUUUGAGGCCUCAGACUCGGGAAAAUCCACGGCCAGCUCCACACCCCUGGAACCAGCCCAUGAGGUGGCUAAUCUAAUUGAUGACUACAAGAAGCUCGUCCAACAAACCGCCAAUGAGACAUGUCGCCCACGCAAUAGUUUCAUUUUAGAGCUGAUCGAGCGCAGUCAGCAGUGCCAACCGAAUUUGUGCCGAUUGAGUGAGGGUGUUACCGCCUGUCAGACUGAUAUGGAGGAGCUAAGCAGGCUGCUCAGUGCUGGUCGGGACCAGAGAAGAGCUGAGGUCAUGCCUUCCCUAAUGGAGGAACUUCGAGCGGUGGCAGAGCACUCUUAGACUAGCCUAUUGUAAUAUUUACAAACCUAAUUGAAGUACUUAA